UAUUAUUAUGAUGAUGAUGAUGAUGAUGAUGACGAUUGACAGUCCCGGCUGCGUCGAGGACUUGUGUCGCCACCUGCCAGCGCAAUUCAGUUUGCAGAUCGAUUGCUAUUAGGUGUGUGUCGGCAGAUGCUGGUCGCUGAGCUGCUGCGGCUGCUGCUGCUGCUGGGCGGGCUCCUGAGCCUGGGGGCGUUGGCGUGGCUGUGGCUCGGGGUCGGCCACCGGCCCCCGAGCAGUCGGCGGAGGUCCUUGACCGACCUCUUGAGCCAUUACGCGGCUGCGAGAGCCGUGAGCGCCCUUGGCCUUUGGCAGCGUCGCAGGCUGGAGUCGGACACCAGGAACGUCCAGCGGGCGCAGGAUGACACCCUCCUACGUCGCCUGCGCAGCAGCCGGGGCACGGAGUACGGCGCGCUCUACCGCUUCCGGGAAAUCGCAGACCGCCAGGCGUUCCGGAGGCUUCACCCCCUGACCCGGCACGGCCAUUAUCAGCGCUACGUCGAGCGGGUCGCCCUGGGGGAGCAGAACGUCCUGACCUCGGAGAGACCCACCUUCCUCGCCCCCACCGCGGGAACCUCAGACCUCAGCGGCCUGAUACUGAGCACCAACGCCACCGCCAGAGAAUUCUUCCUGCAGGGCGUCGCGAUCUGCGUCAACUCGAUGCUCAAAGCCUACCCCGGGACCGGAAGCUUGCAGAAAACCUCAAAGUUUUUCCACGCUCCUAAACAUCGGCGUUCGGAGUCGGGAAUCCCUAUCGGUCCGGACUCCUCGCCUCUCGGCGCCUGCAAGCGUCUGCUCAGCCUGUACUCCACGCCUCCCGCGGCGCUGGAGAUCGAGACCGAACCGGAGGCACUUUACGUCCACUUGCUCUUCGCUCUGAAGGACCGGAAGCUCGGGACCCUGGAAGCCAACUCGGCCGCCACCAUUUGCUACAGUUUCGGGUUCCUGCAGAAUAAAUGGCGGGAGUUGAUCGAGGACAUCAGGCUGGGGAGGUUGAGCCCCGAGCUGGACGUCGCUCGUGGCGUCCGCCUGAAGCUCGACGCGAGGCUGAAGCCGGACCCUCGGCGGGCGACCGAGCUGUCCGCGGAGUUUGAGCGCGGCUUUGGCGGGAUCGCCCGGAGAGUGUGGCCCCACCUCAACCUCCUGCUGGCGGUGGAUUCGGGCUCCAGCGAGCUGUACGGGAAUCUUCUCAAACAGUCCUACUGCCAAGGCCUCCCCGUCUACUCUCCAGUGUACGCAGCCACCGAAGGUCUGAUUGGAGUGAACCUGUGGCCAGAGAAAGAGGAGCGCCGUUACCUGCUCUGUCCGCGAUCGAUGUUCUGUGAAUUUAUUCCGGUUGACCUUUGCGACGAGGAACGACCACAGACGCUUUUCAUGGACCAAGUGAAAGCAAACGAGUUGUACGAGCUGGUCAUCACCAAUGCCUCGGGUUUGUACAGAUACCGCUCGGGAGAUGUGAUAAAAGUGGUGGAACUCUACCAUCAGUGCCCGGUUGUCGAAUUCAAGUACAGGUUGGGUCAGACGCUGAACGUCAGGGGCGAGAAGAUUUCGGAGGAAGCGUUUUACCGAACGCUACAGAACGCCGUGCGGAUGUGGUCGGGGGUUGUGCUGCUGGAUUACUGCUGCGCGGAGAGUGGGCUUUUGGGCUCCAACUGCGGGAGCUCAGACCCUCAUUACGAGGUGUUUAUCGAGGUGAAGGGGGUGAGGAACCUCACGGAGGAACAACGCUGCAAGCUGGACCAGUGUCUGCAGGAAGAUUCCGCCGUCUACAAGUCCUUCCGCCGCAAAGGCAGUUUGGGGCCGGCGAGGGUCCACCUGGUGGCCAGGGGCGGCUUCCUGGAUCUCCGCCUCUUCCUGAUGGGCCGCUCCGGGCGAGCGUGCGACCCCUUCGCGACGGACCGUCUCCUCCGCCGCGGAAGCCUGGUGGACUUCCUUCGACGCAAAGUCGUUCCGUGA